AUGAGGCUCAUAUAUGUGCUCCUCCUCGUCGUCGCCAGCACCACCGUCGGCCGCGCUGCUGGUGGCUCUGCCGACAUCGAGUGGGACUCCCGGCUCGGCCGAGCGCUCCUCUCGCUGCUGCGGCUGCUCGUCUCGCCGGCGGUGCGCGUGGCGGCUGAGAUGGCCGAGACGAUGCUGCCACCGGGAGAGCUCGGCGAGCGGCUGUACGCGCCAGCGCGGCUCGCUCACGCCGACUUGAACGCCUCUGAGCUGCGCGUGACUGGGCUCCGCUCUCUUGGCGAGCUUACCUUCACCCCUGUGGGCGCGCGCGCCGUGAGGGCGGCCGCCGACUUCGAGACCGUCAACGCGUCCAUGCUCGUCGAGGCGCUGCUGACUCCGCUCGGCCUGCCUGGCGCGUCGGUCGGGACUGCGGGCCGCCUCUCGGCCUCGCUUGAAGGGGUGCGCCUCGCCGUCACCUUCUCGGUGCCGCCCGUCUCCCGCCGCGUCGCGCUGCAGGCCCUCUCGCUGAGCGGCAAGGAGGAGGGCGGUGGCGAGGAGGACGCGCCUCCGCAGGCGGGGCCGCCCGCCGCCGAGUGCACUGCGGCAACGGCGGUGCUGGACCCGGAGGACGAGAUUGGGCCGCCGGGGCUGCUGUGGCGCGCCCUUUCGUCCGCCUUCUCCGAGCAGCUGCGCGGACUCGUCGAGCUGCACCUGUCGCAAGUGUUGCGCGAGUCGCUCGAUGAGCUGGUGAGAGGGGCGAGGUGA